AUGCCUCGGAGGAAGCUGUGGAUUAAUUUUGUCGAAGAAAAGGGUGCUCGCCAUGUUCUUCACCCGCUCGAACGUCGGGAUAUUAAGCGUUUCAAGCCCUCUGCGCGUGUCGUGCGGCUGGCGGAGUCACCCAUGAGGUUUCUCCUCGUCCUGGCGCUAUUGAGCUUUGUGCGCUUGACCCAGGCGGCGAUGGACAAGACGAUAAAACCACUGCCGCAGAUUUCCUUCUCUUUCGCCGAAUUCACACAAAGCCGAGAGGAGGAACUAAAUUUCGAGGCUAAGGCAAGGAUUGGCAACAUGACGCUAAGGAACAAUGUGCUGGAGCUCACGCCGGGUGCGGAAAGCUACGAGAACACGAAUAGAAACUCCAAGGCCGACGUGAAAGGUAGUGUUUUCUACAAGCAGCCGCUGCGUUUCGUAGGUGCAUACUCCACCGCUUCCUUCAGAACCUCCUUCACCCUCGUCAUGAAACCAGUGUACCCGUCCGACACCGGAGACGGCAUCGUAUUCGUAAUCACCUCGCAGCCGAAAGGCAACGGGGAUUCGUGGGGCAAUUUCGGCUUCUUCCACCAUGGGCGGAGGAAGCACGCGACUCUAGCGAUCGAGUUCGACUCGUUCAAAAACCACGAGUUGUUCGACAUCGAUUCCAAUCACGUGGGGGUGGAUUUGGACGACCCUGUGUCCAAAGCGCAAGUCAGUGCUCACAGUGUGGGCAUCAGCCUCAACAAUGGCAGGCCGAUCACUGCCUGGAUCGACUACAGCGCUCCUCAAGAAUUACUGGAGGUGCGCAUUCAAAUCGGCACGUCCAACCGAUCCAAACCCGAGAAAGCUCUGAUCGUCCUACCCUUCGCCACGCGAGAGGUGAUGGAGCAAGACAUGUGGGUGGGAUUCAGUGCCGGCACCCAUUACGGCUACAACCAACUGCACUACAUCUACUCUUGGUCCUUCAGUGUCGAUGACAUUGAGCCCGGCCACAAACGCGCACUCCUAACCAGAACUGGCAAAAUCAUCCUCAUCGUUGUUCUCUGUGGUUCCUUCCUCAUCUUGUCGCUCGGCUUGCUCGGCUGCCGGCACUGUCGGGCCCAAGAAGAGCCGCCUGCAGAUUUGGAGGAGGAUAAGCCUUGGGGCAAGAGACUGGCGGGCAUGGUCCUGGGGCCAGGUGAGAGUGGACCCGAGGAGACUUGGGAUCCAGAGGACGAUGUCCCAGGGGUGAUGGCAAACUGCCUUCCCUUUCAAAGCAAGAAGUAUCACGAGGACGAUGAAGAGAUAGAACCUGCACCGCGUCAGGGAUGCUUAUCUCGAAUGAUGUCUUCUCCUCGUCAUGCGGACCAGUCCCCUGGAGAUGAUCAACUCCAAUCGGAUGAAGAUGCAAUUAUGUUCAGCAACACCAUAUACACCUCCGAUGACGAGGAGAAUGACAUCAUCCCCGUUUAUCCUUACGAUGCUUACCCUGACGAAAGAAUCGACUCCAUAGCGUACAGCAAGCCACGACCUUAUAAACCCGCCAAUCCUCAAUCCAGAAAUGAAGAGUAUAGGCACCUCCAAAACUGCAGCGAAGUUUAUAGCUCCAUGGAAGUCACCCUAUAUGCAGUCGCAAUUCACAGUGCUAGUCUCAGGACCCAGUAA